UAGUGGACGGGACCCUUCCUCAACAGUAAAACAACAGUAGGUCGGCCACCUCCGUAGCCAAAAACAUCAAAUGUUUUUAGGCUGUUUUGAUGUACAUUAGUCACUGUGUUUUAAACAUAUUUCUGUUUUGUUUACUUGUUGGUCCAUUUACUGUACUAUUUACGUUGUUUGUCAGGUAGCUGGCUUGCUUUGCACUAGGCUAAUCGCUAAUGCUAAGUAGCUAGCGAGCUAACAUCCCCGAACAUGAGUUCACUAAGCUACUCCACUCCUGCUGAUGAAGAAGAGGUCUGCUGGACGGAGAAUGAAGAAGAGGCUGUCACAGUUAAACAAGAAGUAGAGGAUGAGGCUGUUUCAGUUAAACAAGAAGUAGAGGACGAGGCUGUUACAGUGAAAGAAGAAGAGAAAGAAGUUACUGUGACAGAAGAGAAAGAAGCUUUCGAAGUAAAAGAGGAGGAGGAAGGAGUUUUCAGAGUGAAAGAGGAGGGGGAGAUUACUGUCACGUUGAAAGAGGAGGAGGAAGGAGAGGAAGAGGGGCAGAUUACUUUCACGUUGAAAGAAGAUAAGGAAGGAGAGGAAGAGGGGCAGAUUACUUAUACGUUGGAAGAGGAGGAAGAAGAGGGGCAGAUUACUUUCACGUUGAAAGAGGAGGAAGAGGAGGGGCAGAUUACUUUCACGUUGAAAGAGGAGGAAGAGGAGGGGCAGAUUACUUUCACGUUGAAAGAGGAGGAAGGAGAGGAAGAGGAGACGGGAGAUCUAAGUAAAACCAGAGAGCGACCAGACUCUCACUCUGACAGCGGGGAGAGUCAUUCAGGGGAACCAGACCCAGAGACGUCCAAACCAGCGAGACGACACCACUGCUCCCAGUGUGGAAAAAGUUUUAACCGAUCACAACACCUGAAAUUACAUGAGAGAACACACACAGGAGAAAAGCCUUACCACUGUUCCCAGUGUGGAAAGAGUUUUAGUCAGUUAGGGAGCCUGAAAGGUCAUAAGAGAACACACACAGGAGAAAAGCCUUACCACUGUUCCCAGUGUGGAAAGAGUUUUAGUCAGUUAGGGAGUCUGAAAAGUCAUAAGCGAAUACACUCUGGAGAGAAGCCUUACCACUGCUCCAAAUGUGGAAAGACAUUUACAUGGUUAGUGGGCUUGAAAAUGCACGAGAGGACGCACACAGGAGAGAGGCCUUACCACUGUUCCCACUGUGGAAAGAGUUUUAGGUUGUUAGGGAUUCUGAAACUGCACGAGAAAGCACACACACAAGAUAAGUCUUACCCCUGUUCCCAUUGUGGAAAGAGUUUUAGGUGGUUAGGGUCCCUGAAAACACACGAGCGAGUACACACACAAAAAAAGGAAAAGCUCUACCAAUGUUCACUGUGUGGAAUGAGUUUUACCCAGUUAGAAGCCUUGAAUAGGCAUGACAGGACACACACACGAGAGGAUAAGCCCUACCACUGCUCCCAGUGUGGAAAGAGAUUUAACUGGUUAAGGCAGCUGAAUAAGCAUGAGAGAAUACAUACACAGGAGGAGAAGACAUACCACUGCUCUCAUUGUGCAAAGACAUUUCCCCAGUUAGAGGACCUGAAAUCACAUGAGAGAAUAGAGAGGCUGUGUUCUGACUUGAGUUUUUGACUGAUCAUCUGUGUUUUUGUCUAAUCCUCAUGAAAUCAAAAUAAUUUUGCUUUUGUUGUUGUUUCAUUUAGAGACAUGAUCAUGUCUAAUAUCAGAUUAAAUAUUUUAAAAUGUCUAUUGAGUUUUGAUGAACUUUGUUUGAUUGAUUUGAUACAAGUAUAAACCCUCUGUUGUUCAUCAUAUGCUUUCCAUAUUGCAAAAAUGUACAUAUAUAAGUAAGUAGCUGUCACGUAGAGUAGAGCCAGACGGCCAAACUGGAAAACCUAAACCUCAAUCAAAAUAAAAAGAUGGCGGAGAAGCAAAA